AUGUUCGCCGCAUCGUGUAACGCGGCGGGUAAGUUUCCCCCGGGAUUUAGAUUUGGAGCAGCCACUUCAUCCUACCAGGUGGAAGGUGCCUGGAACGUUAGUGAUAAAACCCCUAGCGUCUGGGACAAAUUUGCUCAUGAGAACCCGGAAUUAAUAUCGGAUAGGUCAAACGGGGACGUGGCCUGCGACUCUUACCAUCUCUGGGAAGAAGAUGUCGCUAUAGCCAAAAAAAUUGGAUUGCAUUUUUAUAGCGAGUACUUUAAAGGUAACUGCACUUUGUUUGCAAUGUAUAAAAUAGAAGCCAAGUUCGACUUCUUUCAGAAUGUCCUUGUUAAUGACACGAAUGCAGGACCAAGCAAGGUUGGUCUAACGAACAAUCAUAUCUGGUACGAAGCAGGAACACCUGAUUAUGAAGAGAAAACAGAGUUAGCUAGAAAUUUAGCUGCCAUAUACGCACACCCCAUUUACUCAAAGAAAGGGGGCUGGCCUGCGAAUGUUGAGAAAUACAUAAAGAAGAAAAGCAAAGAGGAAGGUUAUCCCAGGUCAAAACUUCCAGCAUUUACCAGAGAAGAAAUUGAAUUUGUUAGAGGUACAUUUGACUAUUACGGAAUUAACUAUUACACGUCUCGUUUGGUGUUUCCCGAAGAAAACAUCACGGGCCCUUACAACUUUUGGCCGAUCUUUGGCAGUCGAGAGCUCGGAAUUACUCUGAAGCCGGAUCCUAGCUGGAAGGCAGGACACGAAUGGCUCGUUAGUUAUCCCGCCGGCCUCCGGAAGCAGUUGAUAUGGUUGGUCCAACAGUACGGAGACAUCGAGAUCAAGAUUUUAGAGAACGGAUUCUCAACACGAGAUCGUGAAAUGAACGAUUUAGACAGAAUCGAGUACUAUAAGGAUCAUUUGGAACAGGUGCUGUUAUCAAUAAAAGAAGAUGGCCUAAACAUCACUGCAUACACGGCUUGGUCACUGAUGGAUAACUACGAAUGGAUCGGUGGAUACACGUCGAAAUUCGGCUUGACGGAUGUGGACUUCGAAGACCCGAAACGCAAGCGCACGCUUCGUGCUUCUGCGUCAUAUUACGCGGCUGUGAUUAAGAAGCAUUCAAUAAACGUCUAA